UGCGUGUGCUAGUGUGUGUGCGUGUGUGUGUACGCCUCCGCCCCGCACACAGACUGACUCCGGCCCGAGGUCGCGGGCUGGCGCCCGACCGACCCUGCCCGGAGCCCACUCUCGCUGGGACCAGUCGGCGCCGCCGUUGCCCUCGGCUCACCGUGCGGGGAUACUCACUCAGUCUGCACGUCGCCGGGGUCAGUGCGAGCUCCUUGGCCGGGGUCACCAGGGCCUGCCAAGAACACGUUGUGGCAGUUGGCUGGCGGCGUUGGUCUCGCUCGGAGCUUCCUCUUGUGCCUCGACGCGUGUGAUGCGCGCUCCCCGAGGUGCCCGCCCGCGCGAGGAUACUUGUGUCUUGUGCUCAUUAUACGUCUCCGCUGAAGGCUGUCAACACGUGUGUGUGUUGUGCGGUGCUGGUGGCGCCUCAGUCGGGAUAGAUCAACAGUGUGCGCUGUGUGUGAUGUUCGUUCGGACUCGUGUGGCCGCGCUCUGACAUCAGCAUCCAAACACGUGGUGGUCGCGGAGGUUUUAAACCCGCGGAGAAUAUUUAUCGUGCAGUGUGAGCGAGGAGUGUUGCGCCCGAGGCCUACAGUGGCGCACCUGUGGCAUUAUUAUUAUCGGAAGGUUGAAUUAGUGAUUGUGAAAACGAAGAAACGGUGGAGUGGAGGGCGGCGCUGGCUGGAGUCUGCCGCCAUGGAGAUCUUUGACUGCGUAGACUGCUUUCACGGGAGGCCGAGGCUCAGGGUUCGGGAGCCUCGCACGCCCAGUGAAUCCCCGCCUCCACCUUACAGGAGGUUUAGCAGUCGCGACCUCCUCAGACCAGAAGAUGCCGCCCCCAGUGAAGACAGUCAGUGCCUGGUGGAGUCCCAGGAAACAGGCGGGACCCACGACUACGGGUCAUAUUCCACCCAUGGACCCGGCUCCGUGAUUUGGUGCCGCGUGGCGUACUGGGAGGGUCGGGAGCGGGUGGGCCGCUUGUACCCCGUCCGUAGCCCUUCCCUCAACAUCAUGGGCAACAUACCUCACGGGGAAGGCCUGUCGCUCGCCUCCCUCGCCGCUAGCAGCCACACCUCGCCCUCGGAACAAGUCAGGAGAACCAGGGAAAAGAUUGGCCUUGGUCUGGUGCUUUACCAAGACGGCGACGGCGUGUGGCUGUACAACCGGGCGGAGAUCCCGCUCUUCGUGAACUCCCCGACGUUGGACGGCGGCAUCCACUGUCGCGCAGAUUUCAUCGUGCACAAGCUUCCCCCGGGACAUAUCCUGAACAUCUUCGACUACGAGAAGGCCCGCGAGUAUCAGAAGCUGCCCGUCCACCCGGCGCUGCUCCACGUGGGUCCCAUCGACCAGAACUCGGUGCACGUGUCCUUCGCCAAGGGCUGGGGCCCUAACUACCGGCGGCAGGCCAUCACGGAGUGCCCCUGCUGGCUGGAGAUCCUUCUUGUGCCUGCAAGAUGAUGACAUCAUUCUCUGGCGCUUUUCCACUGCCCAUCACAGUUCUGCCUGCCUGCUGUCUGCUGCUGGCUGGUCCAGCAGUACUACCAGGGGGCACACGCAGCUCAAUCCGUUUGGAGCAGCAGUAGCAGCAGUUCACCAAUGGAACGUGUAAUGGCUGUAAAUGCUGAGCGGGAUAUAGCAACAUAACUAUGGGUAGCUUUGAAGUAGUGUUGACCCAGCUAAGUAAGGCUAAAACGCGCACUGGCGCAGUCCACACCACUGAAAGUGGUGCAGUUGCAAGGAAACGCAGCCGCGCCGAGUCGGAGAGCCGGGAACUACAGCGAGUGUAGUCACUGCGAGGCAAUCGGCGGUUCGGGAGAAAGUGAAGCAACUGCCUGUACAGAAAAUCAGCUUGGUCAGUGUUGAUGACAAGAUGAAGCGAGAGAGAUUAUUUCAGAUUUGCUAUUAACGGGUCAAAGAUUUGUUGGACAUUUGUAUGUGGUUACUUUGCCAGUGAAUUUGGGCACUAUGUGUCAAAAGAUUUUUUUUGUAAUGAAAUCUAGUCUGUUUGUUAUUUUUGUUACUAUCUCCUAUCACAUUUGUCUGUUUAUGUUACUAAUAUCCUUCCGAAAUAACUGUUAACAAAAAAGUUAAUGAUAAAUGGUUGCCUUUACAAAAGCUAGAAUGCAUGUAUGACAAAAAGAAGAAAAACAAGGAAUACCAUGUGAAGUAUUUGUAUGUUUCCCUUAUCCAACACACAUGGAGUAGAGGCUUACCUCUAACUUUUGUGAAUGUGACCAUAAGCUGGCAUUUGUCCCUCUGAACUACAUAGCUCUUGCACAGUAUGUAGCCGCAAAGGCAAAUGCUGAAAUUAUUUUUAUAUGAACAAAGUUAGUAUGGCAGUGAAAACACUUUCAUAAAGUGUCUGAUGCUUAGCAUAUAUAAUCUCUGCCUCUUAUAUUCAUAAAAAAGUGCUCUAUAUGCAAUGUGUUCCAUGAGAAGCAAGAAGAGGUAUUGCUUAUUAGAAUUAAUAAAACAAGAAAGGUCAGACAAGAAUGAAUUGCUUGCCUUUUGGAUACAGUUCCACUUGCAGCAAAAUAAUGCGCUACCUAGUCUGUGCUAACUGCAUGUGGGCAUGCUAGCCAUACAUGGACCUAUGCAGACUAGAGUCGAUGUCCCAAAGGUGCUACGUAGGAAAAAAAGGAUCUUUCACUCCGCCGAAGUACAAAUGACUUCCUUUGAGAACCCUGGUGCCCUAUCCUAGUAUAUGUCCCCUUCUGCUGUAUGAGCAUAGCAUAUCUCACAAGUCACACACUCAUCCACACCAUCUUGUAUUUCACCACUAAUAUUUCCCUCUUCCCUCUCCCCAGUGCCCUCCUUCACCCUUAUCCCUCCUCCUCCCCCUUCUACCCAGAUUGCUAAAAUCUCUUUCUUCCCUCUGCCCAACCUCCUUCAUCCCUCAUCCCUCCUCCUCCUCCUCCUCUCCCUGUACCCAAUUUGUACAGUAUGUCCCUAUAAUGAUUUACAGACUUCCAAAGUGCCAUGAAGGAAUUCAAAAAGAGUUUUUUGCUUUAAGUAUAAUAAUGCCCAAUCUGUUAGUGUAAUGGUAAAGUUUAGUCUUCAUAGAGGAAAAAACUUUUAACUAUAUAGUGUAUAGUUAAAUCUGUUUUUUUUGUUUGUUAAGUUCUCCUUUUUAUACAAAGUGUUUAUGUCAAUUUUGCGGGUAAAUUAUUAUGAUCUUUCAGUGUAAAUGUGAUCAAGACUAUUUUGCUAUAUUUAGUAUUCAUUGUGUACCAUUGUAUUUAAAAUAAAGCUUCACUAAUUUUCAGAAUAUUUAAUCUGGAGGUACCAAUGUUGCCUGCUAUCAAUCAGUAACUCCCUUUUGCCAGGAAGUGCCUCAGCAUGUAGCAGAUUUCAGAUAUUUAAAACAUUACAAUUUAAACCAGACUUGGGCCAAAGAUACUACAUCUGUCACUAGAAAACUUAUUACAAAUGACAAUUAUCUUUGUACCUUUGUGAGAAACAAGUUAUUAGACAAUCAAAUUUUUUAAGUGUUUUAUUUUCUGGUUGGAAAGGAAAAAAAUAUAAAGUCUGUACCACAUUCUAUGAAUAAAUGUAAGCAGAAGUUUUAUUUUCAGUUGAUAUUACACUUUUGUUUUGCGUACGGAAGAAUGCUUGAGAUCGUGAUAUUAAGGGCAGCACUUGUUCUGACUGUUCUAAAUUGUGAGAAGAGGUGUGCUAGGGUAGUGAAAUUAAUCCUUAAUUAGUAUGUAAAGCAUAUUAUAUGUAGUUUUUUUU